UUUCCAAGCUUUGGCUGAAGUUUUUGACUCAGCCUGGGGAAACAUCAUAUCCCAGAUCAAGUCUGGGUUUGGGAACAAGCGCUGAUUUUCUCUGUGUCUGGAGGCCCAGACUUUGGAGUUGGAAACCCCAUGACAAUUUGAGUUUUGAAUCUUCUUGGCAGAAAAGAAAGGUUACAGGAUAGAGGACAUGAGUGGGCAUGGCAGGGAGAAGACUCUGAGGGAGCAUCCUUGACAAAACAGACGACAUAGUGACAGUGGACCCACAUCCGCACGUGACAACUGGCUGGAACCCUGUGAGCACCGCCCUCUUCAGACAGAGGUCUCAUAGUUUAUCUUACCUGCCUGGCCUCCUUGGGCACCUUUUGACCUUUUAGCUAGACUGAACCCCUCAUUUAACUGAAGGAACAAGCUCAGAGUGAUCUGAUGACAAUGUCAAGUGGAUCAGUGGCAGAACCAAGACCAGAAUUCCAGUGCCUCUUUCUUCUGGGAAUUUCUUUGGCCUGAAUCUUCAAUGUAUGUCCCUGUGGCAGUGGCCGGAAGAUCUUUCCCUGUGAGGCAGUCAGCGGGACACUGAGACCUAGACAGCCAUCAAACUCCCUUCCUCCCAGUGGCCAUGGGACCCAAGAUUGAAAAGGAGAAGGACCUGACUGCUUGUACAGGAAAGUGUUUCACAACGUGCCUGUGUGUGAGGACAGCUGAGGAUGGGCAAGAGGGCGUGGACCCGCACGAUCACCACUGCCGAGAGAGGAAGCACAGGCUUGCCAUGCCCGUGAGGGGCUGCCCGGCACGCCAGCCACUCGCACAGAGAUUGCCCGAGUCUGCGGUCUUCAUGCCAGGUGACAUGGGCCCCCCAAAGCAGGGAGGGACCAGAUAUGGCUCCAUCUCCAGCCCACCCAGUCCAGGGCCACAGCAAGCGCCUCCCGGAGGGACCUACCUAAGUGAGAAGAUCCCCAUUCCGGAUACAGAAUCGGGUGCAUUCAGCCUGCGGAAGCUAUGGGCCUUCACGGGGCCUGGAUUCCUCAUGAGCAUCGCAUUCCUGGACCCAGGAAACAUCGAGUCAGAUCUUCAGGCUGGGGCUGUGGCUGGAUUCAAACUGCUCUGGGUGCUGCUGUGGGCCACAGUGUUGGGCUUGCUCUGCCAGCGACUGGCUGCCCGGCUGGGCGUGGUGACAGGCAAGGACUUGGGCGAGGUCUGCCAUCUCUACUACCCUAAGGUGCCCCGCAUUCUCCUCUGGCUGACCAUCGAGCUAGCCAUCGUGGGCUCAGACAUGCAGGAAGUCAUUGGCACGGCUAUUGCAUUCAGUCUGCUCUCUGCUGGACGAAUCCCACUCUGGGGUGGUGUCCUCAUCACCAUCGUGGACACCUUCUUCUUCCUCUUCCUCGAUAACUACGGGUUGCGGAAGCUGGAAGCCUUUUUUGGAUUUCUUAUUACCAUAAUGGCCUUGACCUUCGGCUAUGAGUACGUGGUGGCACGGCCUGCCCAGGGAGCACUGCUUCAGGGCCUGUUCCUGCCCUCCUGCGCAGGCUGUGGCCAGCCCGAGCUGCUGCAGGCCGUGGGCAUCGUUGGCGCCAUCAUCAUGCCCCACAACAUCUACCUGCAUUCCUCCCUGGUCAAGUCUCGAGAGGUAGACCGGUCCCGGCGGGCGGACAUCCGAGAAGCCAACAUGUACUUCCUGAUUGAAGCCACCAUCGCCCUGUCUGUCUCUUUCCUCAUCAACCUCUUUGUCAUGGCUGUCUUUGGGCAAGCCUUCUACAAGCAAACCAACCAGGCUGCGCAGCCUCCACGACUAUGCGACGAUCUUUCCCAGGAACAACCUGACCGUGGCAGUGGACAUUUACCAAGGAGGCGUGAUCCUGGGCUGCCUCUUUGGCCCUGCAGCCCUCUACAUCUGGGCCGUGGGUCUCCUGGCCGCUGGGCAGAGCUCCACCAUGACUGGCACCUACGCGGGACAGUUUGUGAUGGAGGGCUUCCUGAAGCUGCGGUGGUCACGCUUCGCCCGAGUCCUGCUCACUCGCUCCUGCGCCAUCCUGCCCACUGUGCUCGUGGCUGUCUUCAGGGACCUGCGGGACCUGUCAGGCCUCAACGACCUGCUCAACGUUCUGCAGAGCCUGCUGCUUCCCUUCGCUGUGCUGCCCAUCCUCACCUUCACCAGCAUGCCCGCCGUGAUGCAAGAGUUUGCCAAUGGCCUGGUAAGCAAAGUCAUCAGUUCCUCCAUCAUGGUGCUGGUCUGCGCUGUCAACCUUUACUUCGUCAUCAGCUACGUGCCCAGCCUUCCCCACCCUGCCUACUUCAGCCUUGUAGCUCUGCUGGCUGCAGCCUACCUGGGCCUCACCACCUACCUGGUACUGCUGGAAUGGCGGGUGCCUGGGGGAUGGAGGAGGUCUGGACCUGUCUCAUCACCCAGGGAGCCACUCUUCUGGCCCACAGUUCCCACCAACGCUUUCUGUAUGGGCUUCCUGAAGAGGAUCAGGAGAAUGGGAGGACCUCGGGAUGAGCUCCCACCAGGACCCGGCCACGGGUGGGAUGAGUGGGCACAGUGGCCUGCCAGACAAGGGUGUGUGUGUGUGUGUGUGUGUGUGUGUGUGCGCGCGCGCGCUCACACACAGCAAGACAGAGAGGGAGUUCUGGAAGCCGGACGACGU